UUCUGCCAGAUUCUAAAUUUAUUUGCUGAUUCAGCGCCUGUCCGGGGACUCCUUGCAGCAUGGCGGCGACCGAGGGGUCGGCUGACACAGGGAUUGCCCAGGACGCUGCCCCCGUGCGGUCGUGCUCCCCGCCGCAGCAACGGCGACAGAAAGCGGCCGAGCCUCCCGCCGUGAGUCCCCCCGCCCUGUCGAAGAUCACCAUCAGCACCCUUGACAGGAGCAGCAACAAGAUCACCAUCCAGACGAAGGAGGUGCCCCCGGCGGUGGCGCAGGCCAUGUCCCCGCCCCGCUCCCCGCUGUCCAGGAAGUCCAGGCGCAAGGAGCAGCGGGACGCCGAGCGGACGCUGCAGCACGUCAGACACCAGGGACGGCCCCCGGACAGCCAGGACGCCCAGAGGCCCCGGUUUCCCCGGAGCCGUUCUCCGGAGCGACCGGACGGAGCGACGCCGGCCAAGAACGCGAGGCUAAACGGCGUCGACGUCGCCGAAGUCGAUGCCGCGUACGGCCGCCGCGUGUCCCCCUCCGCUUCGUCCGGCAGGCUGGUUCCCGAGCGCGCGUCUCUUCCGGAGCCGGCCCAGCAAAGCCAGAAUCUUGCCGAGAAUGGCUCGAGGCCCGACAGUCCCGGGUCGCCCGUGUCUCCGCCCCGGGCCCACCCGCAGACCCCGAGGACUCCUCCCGUCGCCCCUCCACUUGCCCCGAGCGCCACGAAAAGCCAAGAGGACACGCGACCCCUCGACCUCUCCGUGUCGCAUCGGGGCCUGCCAGCGCCGGCGCCCGUGCGCAGGCCUGUCGGGAGGCCGCCCUUCGUGUUGCCCACGGCGUGCCCACCGGGGACCGCCAAGGGACCCGCCUCGCCCUCCCCGCACCGCAGGACGGCGGCGUCGUCGCCCGCGGUGUCGCUGUACCAGAAGCCGGCCGUGGCGGUCAGCCAAACCGCCACGUCCUCGCCCCUGUCGCAGCAGCACCACCACCACCACAACCACCAUCGGAGCAGCAGCAGGGGCUUCCUCAAGGGCGCCAACCUGACGUGCAUCAACCCGGACCCGGACGCCUUUCACCCGCGCAUCGUCAUCAAGAACCUGCCUCCGCGCGCUUCCGGUGCCAGCUUCCACAGGAUGUGAUAUGUGAGGGUGCGUCGCCGUGCCGCCCUCUCCCCUCGAAGAGACGGCGUGACUCGUGGUAGCGUGCGCCUUGUUUCUAGUCUCCUUGCGUGUGUCUCCUACUUCUACCGCGAGCGCACGUGCAGCUGGCGGGAUUCGCGGCAGACGACGCCGUUUGUUUGUGCGUGCGAGUGAAUGGAAGCCGUCUUGGCGCCACUGAGAAGACAUCUGGAUACACACUCCCUGCCGCUCGGAUACAUCCUGGGUCGGGCAGAUGUGCUGUUGUGUUUGCAGGCGGUCGUGUACUCUUUGCUCGCUCCUCGUGACUCGUGGGGCCCGGCCGCCAUGCGAGCCCGUGAGGAGGACUGCUUUAUGCGCGGCCUCCGGCGUAUGUGGGUGGCACAAGUCUUGGUGCGCGCGAGUUCGUGUCAAGCUGCGUGAGCGUCUUCAACUCGAGGAGUAUGUGCACACACCUGGAUUACCUCGGAAUACGGUCCUCGUGAACCUCAAGUGUGCUUCUUAGGAAUAUUUCUUUCUCCUAUUCUCGCAAACUGCUCUUCGUCAAAGAGCAGACGCGGAGGCGCUCUUUCCGUAAGUGCGGGCUGGGAACGUAGUCCGCACCCUUUAAUCGUACAGUAAUGCGCCUUUACGUUUAGUGACUGCACCGCAUCAAGAUUCUGCAAUACUGCGAAUAUGCGCACAUGUUAGACCGAGAAAUUUCGAAAGCACACAACGCACGUAUUGUGAAUUGUUUACAUAGACCGCACUGCGUGUAAUUAUUUCUUUUAAUCCUGUGUCCAGAAAAUGCCGGAAGUUAAGGGUGCCCUGAGGAGAUUUCUGAGAUCGC